GGCGUUCCCGAACACUCAAGCGUGACCGCGCAGCGCGCACUCGUGAAGCUCGUAUGGGGAGCUCACGAACACGCAGGACCAGAGCAUCAGGAUCAUACGCGUAGGAAAAACCCGAGAAUGUGACUGGAGUGUAAAGGAUGAAGGAUGCGUUCGCUGGAAAAGGUCACACGAAUUGCAUGAAGAAAUCUUAACACACCUGCCACGGAUUACCACUGACACACACGCAUCACGGCUUUUUUUAGGGAACAGGAAUACCAGGAAUGGAGGAUUUGAUAUUUUACCAAAGCAGGAGAGUGGAUCUGACGAGAACACUGGACAGUGAAUGAGGAUUUUUCCAGAGGGGACCAGAGAGCGUGUAUGUGUUUUUCUUCAAUGACAGGAGUAAUCCGGCUGAGUUGAGGGUCUGAAGGCAGGAGACACUUGCUGGAGGAGUUUCUCAGCGUACAUCGGCAUCGAGCAGAUCCCAUUUUCACAGACCAUGUGGUUAGCGGUGUGCAAAAACCGGCUCGUUUUGCACCAGCAGGACUGCUGCAGUAGCAGGGCUCACAACGUGUCUCUGUGGAUAUGGAUUUUUUGUUGGUGUGUGACGCUCGUCAGGGGACAGAGCUACCACCCAACCGUGAAUACGCAGUAUGGGAAAUUACGAGGUGCACGGGUUCCUCUGCCCAGUGAGAUCCUGGGACCGGUGGACCAGUACCUUGGCGUGCCGUAUGCUGCCCCACCGGUGGGGGAGAAACGCUUCCUUCCUCCUGAGCCACCCUUGUCUUGGUCGGGGAUCAAAAACGCCACUCAUUUCGCGCCGGUGUGCCCGCAAAACAUUCACAACGCCGUUCCGGAGAUCAUGAUGCCAAUCUGGUUCACCUUUAACUUGGAUAUAGUUGCCACUUACAUACAAGAUCAAAACGAGGAUUGUUUGUAUCUAAACAUCUAUGUUCCAACGGAGGAUGUCAAAAGAAUAUCCAAGGAAUGUGCCAGAAAACCCAACAAGAAAAUAUGUAGAAAAGGAGGAACCCAUUCCAAAAAACAGGGCGAGGAUUUAUCCGAUAACGACGGUGAUGAAGAUGAAGACAUACGAGAUACCGGAGCCAAGCCUGUGAUGGUGUACAUUCAUGGAGGAUCGUACAUGGAGGGCACAGGAAACAUGAUUGACGGAAGCGUGCUGGCCAGUUACGGGAACGUCAUCGUUAUCACGCUCAACUUUCGAGUCGGCGUCCUAGGGUUCCUCAGCACAGGAGACCAAGCUGCUAAGGGAAAUUAUGGGAUUUUGGAUCAGAUCCAGGCUCUACGUUGGAUAAGCGAGAACAUUGGCUAUUUCGGCGGUGAUUCCAAUCGCAUCACUGUUUUUGGAUCAGGAAUUGGUGCAUCUUGUGUGAGCCUUCUGACCCUGUCCCACCAUUCUGAAGGAUUGUUUCAUCGUGCCAUAAUCCAGAGUGGCUCUGCAUUGUCUAGCUGGGCCGUCAACUACCAGCCGGUUAAGUACACAAGGCUGCUGGCAGAGAAAGUGGGCUGUAAUGUGCUGGACACACUAGACAUGGUAGACUGCCUGAGAAAGAAGAGCGCUCGUGAGCUGGUGGAACAAGACAUCCAGCCAGCGAGAUACCACGUAGCCUUUGGCCCAGUCAUUGAUGGCGAUGUCAUUCCCGAUGACCCUGAGAUCCUGAUGGAGCAGGGCGAGUUUCUCAACUAUGACAUCAUGCUGGGUGUCAACCAGGGCGAGGGGCUGCGCUUUGUGGAGAACGUUGUGGACUCUGAAGAUGGCGUCUCGGGUAAUGAUUUCGACUUCUCGGUCUCUGACUUUGUGGACAGUCUUUAUGGUUACCCAGAGGGAAAGGAUACCCUACGAGAAACCAUUAAGUUCAUGUACACAGACUGGGCAGAUAGAGACAACCCUGAGACACGCCGUAAGACUCUGGUGGCACUUUUUACUGAUCAUCAGUGGGUGGAGCCCUCGGUGGUGACAGCAGAUCUUCACGCCCGGUAUGGGUCACCCACUUACUUUUACGCCUUCUACCACCACUGCCAGAGUCUGAUGAAGCCCGCUUGGUCAGAUGCGGCCCACGGAGAUGAGGUGCCCUAUGUCUUUGGCAUUCCCAUGAUUGGCCCGACCGACCUGUUCCCCUGCAACUUCUCCAAAAAUGAUGUCAUGCUCAGUGCUGUUGUCAUGACCUACUGGACAAACUUUGCCAAAACUGGAGAUCCCAACAAACCAGUGCCUCAGGAUACCAAGUUCAUCCACACGAAAGCCAAUCGCUUCGAAGAGGUAGCCUGGUCCAAAUACAAUCCGCAAGACCAGCUGUACCUGCACAUUGGCCUAAAGCCACGAGUCCGUGAUCACUACCGCGCCACUAAAGUGGCAUUCUGGAAGCACCUGGUCCCUCAUCUGUACAACCUUCAUGACAUGUUCCACUACACCUCCACCACCACCAAAGUGCCACCACCCGAGACGACUCAGAACUCCCUGUCCACCAAACGUCCCAACGGCAAAGCCUGGCCGUUCAACACCAAGCGGCCUCCAAUGUCUCCGCCGUACAACAGCGAGAGCGGAAAGGAGCAGUGGAACGGAGAAGAGGAACCAGGCCCUCUUUUGGUGGAGAACCCACGGGAUUACUCCACCGAGCUGAGCGUAACCAUCGCAGUGGGAGCUUCACUUCUGUUCCUCAAUGUUCUGGCAUUCGCCGCUCUGUACUACCGCAAGGAUAAGCACCGACAGGAACAGCACCCGCAACCCAGCUCACCACGAGCCACCACCGCCAACGACGUGAACCGGCACGCCCCUGAAGAGGAGAUCAUGUCCCUGCAGGUCAACCAGACGCACCACGAGUGCGACGUUGGGCCGCCCGGUGACCCAUUGGGGCUCGCUUCACUUCCCGACUACAGGCUGUCUCUGCGGCGCUCGCCUGACGAUAUCCCACUCAUGACGCCGAACACCAUAACCAUGAUCCCCAACUCGCUUGUGGGCAUGCCCAACCUACAUCCCUACAACACCUUCACGGCUGGCUUCAACUCCACCGGCCUGCCACACUCCCACUCCACCACGCGUGUAUAGCUUUAUGGCCAUCCGACAAAGGGAGGGAUGUGGGGAAAGUCUUUGGUUUUAGUGAAAACAUUGAAGUGAGAGGAUGGGGAUCAGGACGAUGACGGAAACAAGAAUAGACUUUUGCAAAAAGCAGUGACAAGUUCUUUCCAGAUGUCAAGUUGUGCAAACCUGCCAAAACAGAACUGCUCUCUUUCCUUUGAAAAGGGAUGAGCGUUUCAAGCAGUAUUUUUUCUAAUCAUCGUUUAAAAAAUAACGCCUUUUUAUGCAGAAUCGGGCGAAUUACUUUUUUCUUGAAUAAAUAACAAAAAAACAAAGGAAAGUGCAUUUUAUUUCCCAUUACAGUCUUUUGUGGGAACAUGUUUCAAAACAGUGGCCUCUAAGGUGACAUCUGCAUAUUAUUGUUUGCUUUGCUUUUCAAUUUCUUUUCAAUGCCUUAUAAAGAGCUGUUUUUUUUUUCCACUUAAUUUGACGAUCUUUCCCUGAGAUGUGUUUGUGUGGAACGUAGCGAUCUGACUUGAGACAGACGACGAAUAUGGAAACCGCUGGAUUGAAAUGGUAACUGCAACUCGUUUUCCAGUUGCAUAACCUCACAGGUGGUGUUUUAACAGUUUUUUUCUUGGUUCCACUGAAAAUCUUUUGUUUGAAACUUUUUCAUCCGACAAGACUGGAGAUAAAGACUUUUAAAGUUACUGUAAUUGUUUUGUUUAAAGAAAAGUGCAUCUUUUACAACAGAAAUUAGCUAUCGGCUCCUGCGUCAGAGCAAUUUGGUGUGUGUGUGUGUGUGAGAGGUUCUGAGUAUGAAUGGGAAUAUUUGAGUUGAGUCGGUAUGUGUGUGUGUGUGUGUGUGUGUGUGUGUGUGUGUGUGUGUGUGUGUGUGUGUGUGUGUGUGUGUGUGUGUUUGAUUGCCUUUGCCAUGUUUUCUGUUAAAUAUUUGUGUGAUGGGGUGGGGGGGGUCUUAUUUACCACUGCGUUGAUUUUGUUCACCAUAAGUAGUGUUUCAGCUGCGUCUAUUGUCAUCUGUCUUUGCGAAAUAGAACUUUUUUGUUAUUUUAAGAAAGUUACAUAUGUCUAAUUUUGCUUAAGAAUUACAAAAUAAAUCUAUUAUUUUACAUGCAAGAGAAAACAAUAGCUUAAGAUUGAACUGAACUAACUGACAUGAUUCUUUUGACUUUGUAAGCGUUCCUCUCGACUGGAGACAGUGGCCUCUUUACACUGAAUAACCUGACUUCAGUGUAGACCUGUGUUUCUUUAAAUAUAUAUAUAAAUAUGGGCAUACAUACAUAUAUGUAUAGGGCUUUUAUGAAGAUUUUGCUCCCAUUGACCUAAACGUGUAAAUGACUAUUAUUAUCAAUUAUUAGGCUGAAAGCACCAAUAUUCAGAGGGUAGAGCAUUUUAUCCUCUACACCAUAAUCUGAGGCCACAACAAGUGUCUUUUUAAUAGCUCUAUAUGUAUAUUUAUGUAUAAAUAUAUUUAAUAUUUAUUUAUGUAUACCAGAUGUAUACAUGCUGAUUGUGCCAUGUGCCAAAUUAAACCAUAAAACUGGAGAAGAAAA